ACACACAGCUCACAUACUCACACACACUCAAACCGUCGUCCAGCCCCACCGCCUCCACCAUGGCCGCCUCCACCCUGUCUGUCUGCUCCAGCGACCUGAGCUACAACUGUCCAGAGAGCUACUGCGAGCCCCCCUGCUGUGCCCCCAGCUGCUGUGCCCCGGCCCCCCGCCUGACCCUCCUCUGUGCCCCAGUGAGCUGCGAGUCCAGCCCCUGCUGCCAGCCAGCCUGCAGCAGUUCCUGCCUGGCCUUGGGCUGCCAGCAGUCUAGCUGCCAGUCCUCCUGCUGCACCUCCUCCCCCUGCCCGCAGGCCUGCUGUGAGCCCGUCUGCUGCAGGCCCGUAUGCUGCGAGCCCGUCUGCUGCAGGCCCGUCUGCUGCAGGCCCGUCUGCUGCGAGCCCGUCUGCUGCGAGCCUGUCUGCUGCAGGCCCGUGUGCUGCAGGCCCGUGUGCUGUGAGGCCUCCCCCUGCUCAGCCCCCUCCUCCUGCUGCAGACCCUCCUCCUCCGUGUCCCUCCUCUGCCGCCCCGUGUGCCGCCCCGCCUGCUGCAUCCCCGCCUCCUCCUGCCAGCCCAGCUGCUGCCGCCCGGCCUCCUGUGUAUCCCUGCUCUGCCAGCCCACAUGUUCCCGCCCUGCUUGCUGCGUCCCUGCCUCAGAGCCCUGCUGCUAACCUGGCAUGUGACCCCAGGGCCAGCCAGGCUCAGGUUCCAUCUGUGACUCGAUCAUCUGUCCUGACCUGAGCUGGGUGGCUGCCCUCACUCAGGAGAGGAUCCCCGAUGUCUCCACUGUCCUGAACAACUGACCUCUCACUCCUGCCCCAGGAACCCCGACCUCACGGCUUCCAGGGUUUCCUGCCUCCCAGGAGUCGCCUCCAGCUGUCUCUGGGUCACCUGCCCCGCUACCCCUCCAGGUCCUCUGUAUGGAACACUAGGCCUCGACUUCCAACCUGUCAGCGCCCCCUCAGGCACCUGGAUAAAUAAAUUCACUUCAUCACCUGA